UAUUCUGUUCGUUUGAAAAGUUUUGACUUCCUAAGAUUAGGUUUUCUAGCCAUGCCAUUAACGAGCCAAAAUUGUAAAUAGAACAACGGAGUGGAUUUUACUAAUUUCGUAGAAAUUGCCUUGGGCGGAUUGUAGGGUUCGCACUAAUCGGUUUAAAUGUUCGUCGAAAGUGCUGUUGUCUAAUUAGCAUCAUUAUUUCUGAUGGGUUCACGCAGCAACAAAGAACCCCGAAAUACCCUUUACCAAGAACCCAAAACCGGGAUGGAGUCUCUAGUCUGAUAAAUGGCAAAAUGCUUAGCAAAGGUAAUUAAUGGCAAAGUGCAGGCGGGUAGAUGAAAUUGAACGGGGAUGAGGCUUUCAAGCGAUAAUUAAUGUGCCUGCUAAGCACGAACAUGAGUCCUCAAUUGCACCGUUGAGCAGUGGUUCCGGAGUUGAUAAAAAUUGAUGCCAAUUAAAAGUUGGCAAUCUGUGAAGCUGUCAAAAUGGGUCAAGUUUUCAGCUUUCCCCAGAAAUUCACAUCUCGCUUUUCAGGAAAACUUUCGACGGCCAAGAAUAGCCUUAAAUUGCCCACAAAAGAACCCUCAAUGCUUAAAACCCUCGGGCAGGGACUGAAAAACAACAAUUUACGCUCCACAACUUGCACGAGUGUUGCGCUUAAUCGUCAAAAGCACUUCUUAUCGGAAAGCAUUUCCUUCUACCCAGGCCCCCCCGAGGAAACUUGGCUCAUAAAUUAUUACACAAAAUUAGUUGCACUCUCGCCGGAGGAAAAUCAUGGGAUCCAAGAAACAUCUUCAAUGACUUAUAAAAUUUAAAGCCUGUUGAGAAAAUGAAAUAUGGGUGGGCCAAGACAAAAAGCUAAAUAAUCACAGACAUGUCGGAUAAUAAAUGAUUAACGUCCUGUCGAGGUGGUGGGUUGGUCUUAGGGAAAGCAACCCAUUUGAGGUCAUUUGUAUACAUCUCAGUAUUGCCGCAACUUUCUCAGAUUGGGGGAAAAAUGUUGACCAUUUGAAUGACUCAAAUUGAUAUUGAUGACCUAAUCCCAUUAGGGGCAGAUUUUAUUAAUGAAAAACGGAACAUUUAUCAAAUCUAAAAUUAUAAAUAGCAAAAAAAAUUAAAAAAUUAAUAAACGCAGCCUUACCAUGUUUAUUUUAAACAGAGAUCUAGCAGUAGGCCAUAUACAUACAUCUUAAAUGGUAAAUCAGUUUUAAAAGACACACUUUUACUAGAUAUGCUCUUUUAAAAUGCGAGAACGCAAGGAACGGAAAAAAGUGAGCUUACAGGAGGAACGCAGGGAACGAAUACUGAAAUUUCUUCAAGAAAACCGAGAGUCUCAGCCUAUUGUUGGUCCAAAGAAAAAAACAUCUACAAGCCAAAAGAAACUACCUCAAAAUGUGAAGAGGUAUACAAAGAAGGAUCUUCCAUCAUGUUUAAUAAAACCACCCACAAUUGAUACGCGGUUGGCAGCUGGAGAGAAUAAUCCCGUCGUACGAAGAACAGGAAAACAACCCCGUGACGAUGAAGAAUGCCAGUUCAAUGCACCGGGUAUAUUUUUUCUAAGAGGACGAAAUGAAAAUGUAGGCAGUCAAGAAGUGUUUUUAAGCUCCACGAAGCCCAUUCAAAAGGAGCUGAAGAAUAAGUGUGACUAUUUUCCAAAAUAUGUAGACCCGUCACCCUUCAAAGACAAAUGCACUCAGACGCUAUACAGGGAGUCUUCGGCGCAGACUUUACCCUAUUUGCCAGAGAUCUACGACCAUGAUGAAGCACGUACCCUGGAGCUUUUCACUCUGCCCUCAAUUCUUUCAGGCGAUAAGCCACCAGGACUAUAUGAGGUGGAAGUUUUGGAGCGCUCCCGUAGGCGUCAAAAAUUCUUGGAGUCACUAAAGAUAAAAUUUAACAGACAACGGCUAAAUGAUCGACAACUGGCCAUAAAUCAGUUAAAAUCCGUGAUGGAGGCCUUUGAAUGGGAGCAUUGGUUGGAGCGGGAGGAACAGAUCCAGGAGUGCCAGGUGAUGCGGCUUGAGAUUGUGAUCAAGAUGUUCGACAAGAGGGAGAGGGAAAUGCAUGCCGCCUCCAAGACGCGAUUGGAAAGAGGAUGCGAACUGAUCGAGAAGCGUCGUAAGGCGGCAUUGCAUAAGAAUGAAAUCGAGUACCAGCGUGGUAUGCGAAGAAUAAGCAAAGAACUGGCCAAGACCUCGAUAAGAUGGGAGAAGCAGACACCCAUGUACUCCCUGGGAUCACCCUGCUCCGAAUUCUACGCCCCACAAUUGAGAUACGGGGUGGAUCCAGCUCGUCGCAAUUUCUCUUCCACCACUGCCACCCGUGCUUUCAACCUAAGAAUCGACGAACUGGAGAGACAAAUAAAUCUCAAAAUAGUCGAGUGCCCCUUUGCCAAACUGAAGCAAUGGUCUCAACCCAAGCAACGGCUUCAAGAAAUUGAGCAUCGUUUCUGCAAGGAGGAGCAUCUGCAAAGCCUUUACCAAUCUCUAAAGACGUUGAGGACCAGCGAUGAUAACAGGCCAAAACCUGAAUGUCUCAAAGUACGCCAUAUACCACCAUAUACAACUGGCAGAUACGGCAGGAUGACUCUGGCAACAAUUAAGAGUUUCUCCAGCCUCUAUGCGAAGAAUGAGGAAGUUGCACCCGAAACUUAUAGACCCUCGCAAAAAAAGGCUUUUGAACAGCAUGUUAAAUGGCAAAAAGACCAGAUUUCCACCGAAUAUGCUCAAAAACUGAGAAGAGACGAAAAUAAAAGGGACCUCAAGAAUAUGAUGAUGGCGUAUGAGGGCAGCUUAAUCGGUCAUGUGAUGCAAUUCCUCACCGAUGAAAUGGCUCGUUUGAAGGAGCAACGUCGACUGCACUUCUUCUCGGUUUUGGCCGAAAAGGCACGCUGGAAUCGCGAGGCAACCGAGGCGGGAUUGAGGCAGAAGGAGAACACGAUGAGGAGCCUCUACGAGGAGAUGUUCCACCAAUCCAAUAUCCACCAUUUGGAUGUCAGUGAUCACUAUGUGCACAGUAUUCUGACCAUCGACUUGGGCCAUAUGGCUGCUAAUGAAGCUGCUGAGACAGUCACGGAAAUGGCCAAGCAAAUUGAUGUGGACAUAGCAAGAUGGCUGGAGAGUUUUAAGCUAAUACAAAAUCCACUCAACUAUAUUCCUCUGCGCCUGAUGCUGCACGAUAUGGUCUGUCCGGAUCUAAAUGCUGCACUGCAGCGAUACGAGAAGACCAUGAUUGCCCAGUACAUAGUGGAAGAUGUGAUUUUAGCCAGAAUGUGGCAGGAACUAGAACCCUAUGAUAUAUCAAGCACCCUAACUAGCGAUCUAAUUGAUCGCCUCAUCGACAACGAUCUGUAUUUAUUCUCCUCUGAGAGUGAAAGUGAAGCAAACCAGAAAGCUUCCUGGUACGAGGCUCAUGCCAUAAUACGUAAACUUAUUCGACAAUCGGUUCCCGGCAAUCGUUGGAAAGAGGAGGCCGAACGUAUCGUUUACGAGAACUACAAUGAUCUGUUGGACAAUGUUUUUAACGAAAUUGUUCACAAAAUUGAAGAUCUCACACCCAACGAUCCUGUCAUAGUACAUUCAACACUUUCAAAGCAAAACCUUUUAAGCACAAAGGACAUUCGAAUUAAUAAUAAUUAUUCCGCCCAACUAAUGGGAUAUCAAUCUGAUAUGAGUGUCUGUGAUAAGCGGAUAAUUAAGAAACAAGUUUUAAACCUAGUAAAGAAGAAAAAUCGAUCUUCCAAAAACAAGCUCGACCCAGAUGAAACAUACAAGGGAUCUCCACCAGCUUCAUUAGAUGUGAAUUUUCUGGAAACUGCAACUGCGACACCCGACGCCGAUAAUGAUGAUCCUUGGCCUUGGCUUCCAGAUUGUCCGACUCGAAGCCUAUCAGAUAUUACUGUCGAUGAAAACAUCCAUUUUACAUCGGCAAUCACAUGGAAUCCAUAAUUUAAAAAAAGGGAAUAGAAAAAGAGUCAGGGUUGUGUUAUCUUAAACUUGUAUUUUAACAAUCUUCUGUAUGUAUAUUUUUAAUAAAUAUUAUUGCUACACGGUUUUUAAAAAAAUCGUUUCCCUUAUAUUAACAAAGGUAAGGGCACCUAAUUCAUACCCAGCACAUUUUUAUGUGUAAAAGGUAUUUGUUAGUAGACACACUCCAUCUUAAUGUUCCCAGCGGUUAGUUUACAUUUAAUAAAAAAAAAACCCUGGAAGUAAGCAGCCUUUUUUGAGUUGCCAAUCGACGUCAAAAGCCUAGCUAUAAGACUAUCAAAAAGCGUACAAAAAAGUCAGACGUUAAGAAUGGUUUCGUGAGACUGGCUUUUGCAACUGUUUUUUUUGUGCUUGGCUCCUAUCGAUUGGCCAA